AUGACGAACGCACAAGCAAGCAGGAGGAAGGAGAAGAAGAAGAUCGUCGCGUCGCCGCCGCCACGAAAAGCGCGCACUGUGCGCGUGAAGCGGGGUGAGAACCCCAAUCUGGCCUGGAAGAAGAAGAAGGCGAAGGAGGAGAAGAAAGGCAAGAAUGCCAAGAAGAAGGCCGACGACCUUGCCGCUGUCGUGGAGGCAGCUUUCGCCCAGCACGACCGCGGCGUAGACUGGACGGAGAAUGCGGAGCUGAACGAGCACCGCAGAGCCGUGGAGAGGCUACUCUCCGUCGAAGAGAAAGUUGUGGAGGCAACAGACCUCCAGCCGGACUCGUUUUUCGAGCUGGCCUUUGACGGAGAGUAG